GGCACAUCUUGAACCUUGAGAAAUGGAGUCACUGUUUGCUACGAGCCAAGACUGAACACAGAAACACAGUGGAGAGCUUCGGGCUUUAAAAGGUCAAAUGCAAAUUAGCAGUUCCCCUGUAAAACUAUCAAAGAACAUUUCAAGUGGGUAGUCUUUUUGUUUCCCACUAAAAGGCAAAGUGAAGAACUGACGUAAGAAUGUGUCAGGGUUGGUGCCACAUUUCCAACUGGAGAUGCACAUAAAUCUGUUUACACUUAAUGUUCAGUAAGUUAGUUCAGAUAUAAAAUAACAUGUGUACAAAUGCUGAGAUAGCUUUCUUCUUUGUGCUUUAUAAUGUACUCAAUAUAUGGGCAUGUAUACGUUUGUACUAUUAUUGUUUAGGGGGGGAAGGGUUCGGUCUCUGUAAAGUCAUUGAUGAGAAACAUUUACCACGUAUUGAAGAAAUCCUUUCGAAACCCAAAUGGAUAAACUUUAAAAUUUCCACGCCAAAAGCAUAAUUCAAGGUUAAUCAGCUUCUGUACAACUGACAUUUUAGAUAUAUUAUGUUCUGGAUAUAAAAGCUUUGUCUUCUGUUGACCCUCCCCAGCCAACUCCUUUCCCCAUGACUUUGCCUCUGACACACCCUCCUCUGUUCAACCCAAGCACCACAGAGGAACCACCAAACAGACGGAGGGUGGACGUCCUUACCAUGAGGGUUUUCAUCUGCUUCGAGGGCUCCUGUGAGCCUUUUGACGUCCCUCCAGAUCAGACUGUGGGGGCCAUGAAGCAGAUGGCAAAGGAUAACUUUCUUGUGCAACUCUCCGAUGACAAGCAGGUCCAGCAGUACCUGGAGCUGAGCUACGGCGGUGCAGCGCUGCAGGACAGCUGGGCUCUGUGCGACGUGGGCAUCACAAGUGGCAGUGCCAUCCGAUGCCUGAUAAAGAGUGAACGAAGGCCUGUGAUGCAUGUGUUCAAUGCUGUGACAGGAGAAACCUUACCAAUCACGGGAAGCGAGGCUCUUCUGCAUAUGUCGGUUGCUGGAUUGAAAACUGUGGUGUCCAUGCAAAGCUGCCUGCCUGUCAGCACCUUCAGACUGAGCACCCCUGCUGGUGUGCAACUCUAUGACUGCAACCAACUGCAAGACUAUGCCAUUGAACUCGGCACUACUCUCCGUUUGGACACAUGGGAUGGGUGGGUGGAGUUCCUCCAGGGUUGCCUCCUGGGCCACAGAAUGACAGUCCAGAGCCACCUAUCAGAGAAGAAGCCAGUAAUGAGAUUUCAGCUGCAGGUAGCACUCUGCAUUGCUGCCUCUUUAGGCCACCUGGAUCUGGCAGCCUGGCUGCUGAAGAGGGGGAUGCAUGCUGAGGAACCAGUGGGAGUCCAUCCGUUUCGCCAGUGGUGCAACCAAACCGCUCACAGAGACACUCGAAAGUGCCCCAUCCACAUAGCUGCAGAGAGCAGUCAGCUCCUCAUCCUCAAAUUAUUUAUCACCAAGAACCUUUUGACUUUGUCUUGUCGGGACCCUGGAGGUCGUGACCCUUUGAAAGUUGCUAUUCAGUGUGGUCACAGGGAUUGUGUGCGCUACUUAGCCAACAAGCUGUGCUCACUAGUAUCCCUACCAAACAUGUCGCUGCCCAUGCGUCUCUACCUCCAGAUUAAACACUGGGUGAGAUUGGGACAGAAAAGGGCAAUCUCCAAUCAAUGCCAGCACACCAGCACUGCCCUCAAAGCCAGGGUGGGUGAUACGUUGCUGGUAGAUGGCUUCAACCAUCAAAAUAUGUCUUCCAAAUCCAGGAAAGCUCUGAUCAAACCAAGUAGAGGAAUCAAGGCCAAAGCUUUGCAGCCUUUACCUCCCAUCAGCAACUUACUUUCAGCAUCACACCUCACUUCCAAAAGGGCACUGCCCCAAAUACCCAGCCUGCAGUCUGUGAACCCUAAACAGAAAAAGCAGAACCAAGAUGUGAAAAGCGGCCAAUUGGAUAAAAUCAAUAUUGAAGACAGAAGCUUAUGCAGGGGCAAGUUUAUACUCCCGCGAUACAGCAGAGAAAGCAUUCCCAGGCCGGUAUUGGUGGGUGCAUCACCUAAAUCUUCCCAUAUUCUGACUGAGUCUUUGGAGUCCUUCUCUCACCACUGUGCUGACACACCAAGAGAAAACGCCAUAUACUGCUUGACUAUAGCCAGUACGUUCACGGAGAAGCCUUGGUUGAAGCAGCUGAGCAUAGCACGAACCCUGAUCAGGAAACGUGUCCACACCUUGGCAGAAUGCCCAUCCUGAUCUUUCACCAAUCAGCCCAACUGCCUGUGGACCUCCCAUCGACUGCCUGACACACUGUGGACAACGAAGAAUCCUUCAGAUUGACAACUGAGGAGUGUAUCUAAACCUGUCUGUCUUAUGUGCUUAGCAAAAUCUUUGCCUUUUAUUUGCUCGUCGCAGAAAGAGAGAUAGACAGACAUUAUGACUAUAGAAAUUUACUUUUUAUUUUUUUUAACUUACUGACAGGACAUGAAAUGAUUCAUGAAUGUAAUGUAUUUGACAAAAGUCCAAGUAAGGACAAGCCUAGUUAAAAUGACUUGCCAUUGGUUGAAAUACAAGGCUAAGACCACAAACAUACAACAAACAUAGCCUACUUCACAUUUUCAAUAAAGAUUGAAAAUGUAAAGCAGUAGUGGAAAACAAAUAGUGAUUAGAAGAAAUGAUGAGUUACCAUAAACAAGAGUUACCACAUAUUUUGUAAAAAUAUAAAGUAUAAACUAGCUGUCAAAUGUGUUAUGUUGUGCUUUAUGCCAGGUAGAAAUAAAGUAUCACCAGUGAAAGAUCAAAAUUCGAUUCUCACAGGAAAUACAGUAGCAUUAUUAAUCUAGUAAACAUACACAUAAAGCCCACAAGGGUAAAAAAAAAAAAGAGUAAAAUACAGAACAGUUAGCCAAACAGUAAUUCAAAGCUAGAAAGUUGUAUCAGCAACGCAUUAGCCUCAGGCAGCUUUCUAUUAGUGGCUAGCUUGGUUUAUAAACCUUUAUAUAACAGGAACACAGUCUCUUUCACAAGGGAGUCCUGUAUAGCACAAGUAAAACACAAUUUUUAAACCAUGAGUUGAAAAACAAUACAUUACGACUAACAUUAAGCUGAUCAUAGAAGAAAUAACAAUAUUCGACCAAAUAAACAAUAACAACAACUGUAAUAAAAACAGCAGUUAUUAUUUGGGGAGUAGAUGAAAGAUGUCUGUUGAUAUUUGAUUGGACAGUGGUUUGACAAAAGGAUGUAACCCUGUGCACACCUGACUGUACUCAAACUGUUAUCUGUGAUUAUCACAAAAAAUCAUCUACAUCUACAAAUCUGUCUACACAUGUUUUAUGUGUGUGCCUAGAUUACCAAUCUUUCAUAGAGUAUAGCCCUCUAUCACUGAAUCACAAGUCCUUCACCAAUUUUUCUGCUUUUCUGGUUCUGUUUUU